ACACUCACACCCAAUACAUGCCGACGAGAAGAGCAAUUUGAUGCCGUCGCUGCUCGGCGCACCUAAUAAUCGUUUAAGAGUUGUCCUACUCUUUCUGUUCAUUUUCUUUUUGUACGUCUGGAAUCGUAGAGAAGCAUCGUAUUCUGAUGAGAUUCGGAGGAAGGAUGAGCAAGUGGAAAUGUUGCAGAAAGAGCACGCAAGUGCUCUCGAAAAGUUGAGGGUAAUCUGGCUGCACAAAAAGAAGAUCGAGGCUGAAUUACAAUCCCGCCACGCCGAAUCAACCAAAUUUUUAAGCAAAAUUAAAUUAAAAGAGUCAGAAAUUUACGGGUUGAAGACAAAACAAGAAACGUGCCAGAAGGAGUUGACGGAUUGUCAGACUUUAAAAGAAGAGCCAAAAGAGCAAAAAAAAGAAAACAAUAAAAACGAUGAAAAUUCGAAGAAAACAAUCGAAAAAUAUGAACAAGAAAUUGCGGGUCUCAAAGAGAAAAUUGAAGGUUUGGAGGAGAAGGUGAAGAAUAAUUAUUCGGAUGAAAAUUCUAGCUUGAAGGAGGAACUGAAACAGUGCGAAACGAGGAUCAGGCAGUUGACAGGGGGAGGAGCCAUCGAGCAUUACUCGCAAAAUGAGACGGCACAUUUCAGCAGGAAUCAGAAGGCUGAUGAACCAUUGUUCUUCGAUCGAGGUAACAUUCAACAUCACAUCCCGCAAAAGUUGUUAUUGGGACGAGAAUUGGUGCAGACACUGGAAGAGGCAAAAGUGAAAAAGUUGGAGGAGAGAGAACAAAUGGACAAGCAUCCACAGGAUCGCGAUAAUAAAGAUAAAGAGGUCAACGAGCAGCCGGACAAUGAGGAGCAGGAUUAUAAAGAGCACUAGGAGCAUUCCAGUUGGAACUUUAUUUUGAAAUUCAGGGUUUUUUUCUCAAAUUGCAUUUUUCUGUAUAAGCACACAUCAAAUGUAUUAUCAUUACAUAUUUUAAUUUAUAAAAUUCAAAUUUCUAUUGCAAUAAAUUGUAUUUU